GGAGGAGAGCGGGUGGGCUGGGAAUACCAGAAUGUGUCGCUCACUAGAGUUCCCGGAUAUGGAUUCGGUAUAGCCGUGAGUGGAGGUCGAGAUAAUCCUCACUUUAUAAACGGCGAGCCAUCGAUUGCGAUAUCGGAUGUGCUUAAAGCAGGUCCGGCCGAAGGGAAGCUACAGGUUAACGAUAGAGUGAUGAGCGCUAACGGCGUCUCCUUAGAGAACGUGGACUAUACGACUGCAGUACAGGUUCUUCGCGAGUGUGGAAAUACUGUCAACUUAUUGAUCAAAAGGAGAACUUUAUUACCAAACAGUGAUUUACUGAAAGUAACGCUCACUAAAAGCAACAAAAAAGACGACUUUGGAGUAGUUCUCGGCUGCAAAUUCUUCAUCAAAGAGAUUACAAAUCGUAAUCUUAUAGACAAGGAGUCAUCCUUACAGGAGGGAGAUAUCAUUGUUAAAAUAAACACAACGAGUCUCGAAAACUUGAACCUAAAAGAGGCCAAAAAGUUGAUUGAAAACAGUAAAGAGAAAUUGAAUUUAGUUAUAAAUCGCGAACAAAACGCUAACAAUAAUCGUCAAAAUGAGACAAUUAAUGGCUAUUCAAAUGGUCAGUCCAGAUGGUCGACCGCCAAUCUGUACGACAAUGCUAUGGCCAUCAAAGAUCAGACAACUUAUGAUAACAUUGCCAAUACUAAUAGCCGAACCAAUUGGAGUAAUCAGAAUGUCUACGUCCAGCCGCCCACCAGAGGAGAUUUUGGACAAAAUUCAGACGAAAAGAAUAAUCUAUUAGUAAUGCAAUCACAGGGCGGACCUUCGGGACGGAAUAGGGGACCCAUAUCUGACAUAUCACUGCAACAACUCGACCAACCGGCCACUCCUCUCCUCACCACUCAUUCACGCGACCCGUCUCUGCCCAAUGAGUCGGACCCUCCGCCGCGACCACCGCCUCCGCGACCCAACAACACCUAUGACGACGACCCGCUGUCCCGUCGGAAGCAACAAAUUGGUGUCAUAUGUGAGCCCCGUUUCAUAUCAUUCCAAAAGGAUGGAAGCGUUGGCAUAAGACUUACCGGUGGUAAUGAAGUGGGAAUCUUUGUGACGGCUGUACAGCCGGGAAGUCCCGCGUCAUUACAGGGCCUACAGUCGGGCGAUAAGAUUAUUAAAGCCAACAAUAAGGACAUGAGAGGAGUGACACGAGAGGAUGCGGUGCUCUUUCUCCUUAGUCUUCAGGAACAGAUAGAUCUUGUGGUCCAAAACCGAAAGGAGGAAUACGAUGAGAUCGUUGCCAACCAAAAGGGAGACUCGUUUUAUAUUAGAGUUCACUUUACGUACGACAGCGCCGGCAAAGGAGAGUUGGCCUUCCAUUUCGGCGAAGUGUUUCAUGUGAUCGACACUCUGUUCAACGGAGUGGUCGGUUCGUGGCUCGUCUAUAGACUCGGCCGAAACAAUCAGGAGAUCCAAAAGGGAUCGGUUCCCAAUCGAAACAGAGCUGAAGAGUUGGCCGCAGAGCAGAGCACCGAAAAGGCCAAAAAGGCUGACACUUCGACAGAGAGAAGGGGAAGCUUUUUCAAGCGCCGGAGUGCGCGACGGUCUAAGUCUCUGAGCAAAGAUCAUUGGGAGGAAGUGGUGUUCGGCGACUGUAACUCAAAGUUUGCCGCCUAUGAAAGAGUGGGACUAAAACAUCCGGGUUUUAUUCGGCCGGUCGUACUCUUUGGUCCGCUCGCAGACGUGGCGCGCGAGAAGCUCUUGAAAGACUAUCCGGACAAAUACGGGUUCCCACAACUCGACACUAAUAUGGAAGACGUGCCGAAGAGCUCCAAAUUUAGCGGUAUUGUGAGACUCAGUGCCAUCCGUGAGGUCGUCGAUAAGGGAAAGCACGCUCUGCUGGACAUAACGCCCAGUGCUGUCGAUCGUCUCAAUUACGCCCAGUUUUAUCCGAUCGUAAUCUUCAUGAGAGCCGAAAACAAGUCUGUAGUGAAGGAAAUGCGUUCGCGAUCUUCGAAAUCUAUUCACAAGAGUUCGCGCAAACUCUACGAACACGCCGUCAAACUCGAGAAACACUGGUCUCACGUCUUCACGGCUACCGUCACUCUGACGAGUGCCGACAUGUGGUAUAAGAAACUCCGGGAAACUAUUGACAAACAACAGCAGCAGACCAUUUGGAUCGCGGAAUCCAAACCCGAGGAAGUGAUUGGAGACGACUUCCUAUUCCCGAUGACAUCGCGAUUGAGUUACGCGUCGUCUCCUGAAAGUGAUCUCGAUUUGGCCAACGAUUCACGGCUUGACAACGAAGACGAUAACUCCCAUCGUUUGGUCAAAGCGUCCAGCGAUCCGAGUAUUGCCACCGCAGACGACAAUCCCAUCGCAAUGAAUAGCUUCGGUUAUCCUCCGCCUUACAGUCAACGGACGCCAAACAAACAGGAAUUGUCAAAAGCGUUGACAAAUGAAGCGAAGUCUAAGUCUUCAGCACACACUUCAAACGCCAACCACUCGUCCGCUGCCAUAAACGAUACGGACAGAGAUAGAGAAGACUAUUUCGGUUCACCAAAAGAUUCGUCCGCUUAUAAUACGCUAAAAGCGGGCGAAAGAUAUCCACCGCCCGGACCUUCAAACGAGAAUAUUUACGGCACAAAAGCACAUACGGGUCCCGAACCGCCUCCAAGAGUAGAUCGACUGAACAAACCGUCAAGAUUUAGGAGCGCUCACGAGAGGCUCUUUGGCCGCCGGGAGUCGCGACGCGAGUCGUUCACUGCACCCGACUAUAUCAACACCACUACUCCGCCCACAUCUGCCCCUCAGUCCCAGAAAUGUGAUUCAUUGGACAGACCGGCGAUGACUAACGGCAGGCAUAUUAGCGGUGCGUUUGGCGAUAGUUCUUCAUAUAGUAGCGAUUCGUAUAACAAAUACGGCAGUCCUUCGAGUACUCUCGACAACAAACAAAAGUAUAACUCUAUUUCAUCCAACGGACGGCCGGCUCACGAUCCCUACCGGUUUACAAGAAGUACAGCCAUUCCCGGCCGUAUGGAUCCGUCCAAUCCAUUGAAUCAAAUGAACCAAAUUAAUCAAAUGAAUCAAAUGAAACCUCAGAGUCCAGAAAGAGCUGCAAAACCCACGUCAACGCCAACUAAAUAUGUGGAUCCGAUCCAAAGCCGUCCGGUGCCUCCUUCACCACCUCCUAAACCGGCCAACAAAUAUCAUUCCCGAAUGACUGACGGCCGACCCGUCCCACCGCCCAAACCAUCCCAUUAUAACUCGAGGCCCUGGAGUAAUGAUAACGACGCGAUCGACGCAAACAUGAAUCAAAUGCCAUCCAAUUUGCAAACCAAUGGUUUUGGUUAUUCACCGGUAUAUCAACAGACAAAGCGCUCCACUCAUCCCACUCUUGAAUCCAAUGGUCCGCCCGCUUACUACUCAUCGAUGCCAUCGAAAGACUAUCAGCCAAAUAUGAGAGCUCCUCCACCGCUGGCCAACGGCGCCAACAGUGAGGUCAAUAACAAUCUCUACGCCGAACAGUCUUCUUUCGGAUCUCCCAUCAGAAAGGGUCAGUAUUCUGAGGCGGACGGCGGCGCCGGUUAUAUGUCAUCAAAAGGCAAUUACGAGAUGCGAUCGCCUUAUAAUUCGUUCGCCAAAAGCAAUUCUUCGCCGAUGAAAGACAAUUACGCGACGAACGGGCCGUAUCUCAACGUCCCGUAUCCGCCAAAACACUCGCGCACCUCAACCUUCGCAUCGCAGCCCUCACAACAACCACCGCCGCCGCCACCGGUGGCUCUUCAGCCGCCGCCCAGUAUUCUUGAUUUGUCCACAAAUCGCGAACACAGAGGAAGCGCUUUCGAGCUCUACCGCAAACCCAUCGACUCGACGAGUCGCUCAAAUCUGCACACUUUCGGACACCACGGCCUUCCGCCCCCUCCGCCCCCUCUCAUUAAUAGUGAGCACAAUCUGGUGUUGGCUCUGAUCCUUAUGAUAGUCGAUCGUUUGUCCACCUCUUCGGUCGACAGCAAUCACACGGUUAUUGCGGCCGCGAAGGGAGUGUUCACUAGUGAUGGCGGGGUAUUGACAUCCGACGAAACGGGUGUCAGUGUUAUAAUACCCGUCGGCGCCAUCCCUGAGGAUACGGAGCAAGAGAUCUAUUUCAAGGUAUGUCAGGACAUGAAACUCGCGCCACCGCUCGACUCGGAAAAGGGUGAGACUUUGAUGAGUCCGAUAGUGAUGUGCGGACCGCAUGGCCUGCGCUUUGAAGUGCCCGUUGAGUUACGACUCCCGCACUGCGCUUCUGUGAACCCCGAGGGCUGGGCUUUUGCUCUCAAGUCCAGCGAUACAAACAAUGGAGAGCCGUCUGAGUGGCAGAACGUAACCCUCGGCACCGAUGAUGGCAUCACUUCUUCUAAGUUAGACAAUCGAUUUGUUUCCGUAUUAGUCGAUCACUUCUGA